CCGUGGCGGCGGUGGCGGCAGCAGCGGCCAAGUGGCCAGGUCGGCGGCCGCGGCUCCGGGCCGCGCGAGGCCACGGCCACGCCGCGCCGCUGCGCACAACCAACAAGGCAGAGCGCCGCCCGGCGCGGGACUGCGGCCCGAGCCUGGGGCGCGCGUGCGGAGGACCAGGCGCUGCGCGGCUGCGGCUGAGAGUGGAGCCUUUCAAGCUGGCAUGGAGAGCUUAAGGGGCGACUGAAGGAGACACACUGGCCAAGCGCGGAGUUCUGGUUACUUCAGUCCUGCUGAGAUAUUCUCUCAGUCCGCUCGCACUGAAGGAAGCUGCCUUGGGAUCAGAGCAGACAUAAAGCUAGACAAAUUUCAAGAUGCAAUUGAAAUGGCCAAUGAGCACACGCUCAUUCAUCCAGCGAGCGUUGAGGACCCCUAGAGGCCAGGCUCAUGAGUGAUGAAGAUCCCGAGGAUGAAGACGCCUUGCCAUCCAGACAGAAACAGUCUCCGCCAGUCAAGAAACCCUCAAAAGUAUUUUGCCAUGGAUAUAGAAGAUGAAGAAAACAUGAGUUCCAGCAGCACUGAUGUGAAGGAAAACCGCAAUCUGGACAACGUGUCCCCCAAGGAUGGCAGCACACCUGGGCCUGGCGAGGGCUCUCAGCUCUCCAAUGGGGGUGGUGGUGGCCCCGGCAGAAAGCGGCCCCUGGAGGAGGGCAGCAAUGGCCACUCCAAGUACCGCCUGAAGAAAAGGAGGAGAACACCAGGGCCCGUACUGCCCAAGAACGCCUUGAUGCAGCUGAAUGAGAUCAAGCCUGGUUUGCAGUACACGCUCCUGUCCCAGACUGGGCCCGUGCACGCGCCUUUGUUUGUCAUGUCUGUGGAGGUGAAUGGCCAGGUUUUUGAGGGCUCUGGUCCCACAAAGAAAAAGGCAAAACUCCAUGCUGCUGAGAAGGCCUUGAGGUCUUUUGUUCAGUUUCCUAAUGCCUCUGAGGCCCACCUGGCCAUGGGGAGGACCCUGUCUGUCAACACGGACUUCACAUCUGACCAGGCCGACUUCCCUGACACGCUCUUCAAUGGUUUUGAAACUCCUGACAAGGCGGAGCCUCCAUUUUAUGUGGGCUCCAACGGAGAUGACUCCUUCAGUUCCAGCGGGGACCUCAGCUUGUCUGCUUCCCCGGUGCCUGCCAGCCUAGCCCAGCCUCCUCUCCCUGUCUUACCACCAUUCCCACCCCCGAGUGGGAAGAAUCCCGUGAUGAUCUUGAACGAACUGCGCCCAGGACUCAAGUACGACUUCCUCUCCGAGAGCGGGGAGAGCCAUGCCAAGAGCUUCGUCAUGUCUGUGGUCGUGGAUGGUCAGUUCUUUGAAGGCUCGGGGAGAAACAAGAAGCUUGCCAAGGCCCGGGCUGCACAGUCUGCCCUGGCCACCAUUUUUAACUUGCACUUGGAUCAGACGCCGUCUCGCCAGCCUAUUCUCAGUGAGGGUCUUCAGCUGCAUUUACCGCAGGUUUUAGCUGACGCUGUCUCACGCCUGGUCCUGGGUAAGUUCAGUGACCUGACCGACAACUUCUCCUCCCCUCACGCUCGCAGAAAAGUGCUGGCUGGAGUCGUCAUGACAACAGGCACAGAUGUUAAAGAUGCCAAGGUGAUAAGUGUUUCUACAGGAACAAAAUGUAUUAAUGGUGAAUACAUGAGUGAUCGUGGCCUUGCAUUAAAUGACUGCCAUGCAGAAAUAAUAUCUCGGAGAUCCUUGCUCAGAUUUCUUUAUACACAACUUGAGCUUUACUUAAAUAACAAAGAUGAUCAAAAAAGAUCCAUCUUUCAGAAAUCAGAGCGAGGGGGGUUUAGGCUGAAGGAUAAUGUCCAGUUUCAUCUGUACAUCAGCACCUCUCCCUGUGGAGAUGCCAGAAUCUUCUCACCACAUGAGCCAAUCCUGGAAGGGUCUCGCUCUUACACCCAGGCUGGAGUGCAGUGGUGCAAUCAUGGCUCACUGCAGCCUCGACCUCCUGGGCUCUUAAGCGAUCCUUCCACCUCAACAUUCCAAGGAGCUGGGACUACAGAACCAGCAGAUAGACACCCAAAUCGUAAAGCAAGAGGACAGCUGCGGACCAAAAUAGAGUCUGGUGAGGGGACAAUUCCAGUGCGCUCCAAUGCGAGCAUCCAAACGUGGGACGGGGUGCUGCAAGGGGAGCGGCUGCUCACCAUGUCCUGCAGUGACAAGAUUGCACGCUGGAACGUGGUGGGCAUCCAGGGAUCCCUGCUCAGCAUUUUUGUGGAGCCCAUUUACUUCUCAAGCAUCAUCCUGGGCAGCCUCUACCACGGGGACCACCUUUCCAGGGCCAUGUACCAGCGGAUCUCCAACAUAGAGGACCUGCCACCUCUCUACACCCUCAACAAGCCUUUGCUCAGUGGCAUCAGCAAUGCAGAAGCACGGCAGCCAGGGAAGGCCCCCAACUUCAGUGUCAACUGGACGGUAGGCGACUCCGCUAUUGAGGUCAUCAACGCCACGACUGGGAAGGAUGAGCUGGGCCGCGCGUCCCGCCUGUGUAAGCACGCGUUGUACUGUCGCUGGAUGCGUGUGCACGGCAAGGUUCCCUCCCACUUACUACGCUCCAAGAUUACCAAGCCCAACGUGUACCAUGAGUCCAAGCUGGCGGCAAAGGAGUACCAGGCCGCCAAGGCGCGUCUGUUCACAGCCUUCAUUAAGGCGGGGCUGGGGGCCUGGGUGGAGAAGCCCACCGAGCAGGACCAGUUCUCACUCACGCCCUGACCUGGGCAGACAUGAUGGGGGGUGCAGGGGGCUGUGGGCAUCCAGCGUCGUCCUCCAGAACCUCACAUCUGAACUGGGGGCAGGUGCAUACCUUGGGGAGGGAGUAGGGGGACACGGGACCACCAGGUGUCCAUGGUUGUCCCCAGCAUCUCACAUCAGACCUGGGGCAGGUGCGCAGUGUGCGGAGGGGAUGGGGUGCGUCAGGGCCCAGCAUCGCCGCCUGGCAUCUCUGCCGCAGCGUUUCGCCUUCUGAACCGUCCAGUGACUGCUUUCAAUCAUGGUUUACGUUUAGAAAUUGAGUUCUACUGAGUAGGGCUUCCUUAAGUUUAGGAAAAUAGAAAUUACUUUGUGUGAAAUUCUUGAAUAAAUAAUUUAUUCAGAGCUAGGAAUGUGGUUUAUAAAAUAAGAAGUAAUUAUGUCAGGUCACUUUUAUGCCACAUUAUUUUAAUUGCAAAAAAGCAUCUAUAUAUGGAGGAGGGUGGGAAAAUAGAAGUAGGAAAUAGUAGCCUAAAGGAAAUCGCCACACGUCUGUCUCAACUUAGGUGUCUUUUCUCCGUAGGUACCUCCCUGGGUAGUUCCACACACUAGGUUGUAACAGUCUCUCCCUGAGGAGCAGACUCCCAGCAUGAUGUAGUGUGGCCCUGUCACACACAUGGGGUCCCGUAGCGGUGACUGUGUGUCCUGCAGAGGCGUGACCCAGGCCCCUGUAGCCCUCAGCCUCCUCUAGAAGCUUCUGUACUCCUUGUGGGAUCAGAUCAUGGAAAACUUUUCUCAGUUUACUUCUAAGUAAUCACAGAUAAAACAUGGCCAGUAACCCCGGGCUGGCCAUUCAUUCAGGUUUUUUAAAGGAUAUUUAACUUUUAUGGACUAGAAGGAAUCAGGAGGGCUACUGCACAAUACAUGGCCUAAGUUCCCUCUGUUCCUUCCUCUGAAUCGAAUGGAUGUGGAUGACUGCCCGAAGGCCUUCACAGGAUGGAAGUAGAAUGAUUUCAGUAGAUACUCAUUCUUGGAAAAUGCCGUAGUUUUAAAUUAUUGUUUCCAGCUUUAUCAAAGACAUGUUUGAAAAAUAAAAAGCAUCCAAGUGAGAGCUGGUGAGACCACGUGCUGCUGACGUAGUGCAGACCAGACGCUGACAGUCCCGACGGGAGCUCAGGGCUGCCCAGCACCCAGAGUGCACGGGACGGCCCCACGACAGAGGGAGCCAGCCCAGGAGGUCAGGAGCGCGGCGGGCGAGGGCCCUGUGUGGACCACCUCCACCAAGCUCAGAGAUUUGCACCAGGUGCCUUGUUGCCUCCGCUCAGGAUGAAAGAGGAGCUGAGAGAAGUGCUCUGCCUGCCAGUGCAGUGCCCAGCUCCAAGGCUCUAGAGGGUGCUCAGGUGGGUCUCCUGGGGCCACGGGGAGAGAUUGGUGCAGACCUUACCCCACAGCAUACACCUGCCACAGCGAAAUCCAGGAUGUUGGCACCUGUGUGUCCGAGAUGGGCCUAGGAAACCAGAACGGGCAGAGGGGCAUCAUCCUCCCACCGGACACUGGGAGCUCAGACCCCAAAACUGAAGCACCAUGGCUUUGGCGGGGGGUGUGCCUCCUGAUGUCGGCAGCCCCAUCCACGUGUGUCCACACAGAUCUCGUCCCAGUGCGGCAGGAAUGGGUGCUGCUUAGGGCUCAUCGUUGGGGACAUGACCAGGUUCAGCGGCUAGAACGUCUGCCCCACACCAGCCGCCUCCUCUACCGAAGAGGGUAGUUGUCUCCCUGAAGCAGUCAGAGUGGGCAUCUCAGCCACUGCAUCACCACAGUGGGGUUUUGUUUAGGCAGAUCGUGCUGGGGUUCUGCACCUGCAGAAGGAGAGGUGUCUGUUGUCGCUGGCCUUCCUCCAAGCAGGCUCUUGCACACUCUAGAAAAAACACCUUGUAAGUCUGUGCAUUUUUAUUGUCUUGAUAAAUUGUAUUUUUUUCUAAUGGGGAUUGGGAGAUGGACUUAGUUUUUAAAAAUAUGUGGAUUUUGGUUACCAAAUUUAGUGUUAAUAUAUUCCAUAUACAUAACAAAACUCCCCGGUAUGUCUGGCUUUUCCCUUCUGUCAGGUAAUAGCUAAAGUGUGCAUGAUUGCUCCCUGUACCACCCCAAAUAAGUGAGUGCCUCACCUUGUGGGGACUGAGCAGCUGCCUUGAGACCAUGUGAGAUGGCGCCUUUCCGGGGUGGCCUCGUGCAGCCUUGAGGACAGGCACAGGGCAUCCUAUCCCAAGCCGUCCAGGCAGGAGGAAGGCAGGCAAGGCAACUGGGUUCGGGGGGCCCUGGGCGGGGCGGCUGUAGGGAGGAGUUGGGUUCGGGGAGCCCUGGGUGGGGAGGAGUUGGGUUCUGGGAGCCCUGGGUGGGGCGGCUGUGGGGAGGAAGGUGAUGUGCAGGGGACCAGAGGCUCUGCACUGCUCCUAGGACAGCUCAUCUGUAAUCAGAAAAAAUAAAUAAAUAAAAUACAGAAUGCUGACUCCUCCCUGAGACAGAUCAGGGAACUUAGCACUUUAAUCCCUCCCUUCUGAGCGCUCAGUGUGCAUUAGACUAUAGCUGUUUCAUGGACGUGUCGUUUUGCAUCCAGUGUCCUUGAUGUGGGUGGGUUUUAGAGACUUAGCAGAAAAUUCAACACAAGCAGGAACUUGAUUUUUUAAGAAAAAAUACUACAUUUUGAGGACAUUUUGACAAGUAGGGGAAGAGAGGGCUUCUGUUUUGCUUUGUUAGCUAAACCUGAAGUAUUAAUUCCACAAAGACACUGCCCCUCAGGACCACUCAGGUACAGCUCUGCCAGGGACAGAGUCCUGCUAGUGGGAGGUCUCAGGUGGGGCGGUGUAUUCUGUGCCAUGAGGCAGCGACAGGCUCAGAUGGAUGUCGUCACCACCUUCCUCGGCUCUCAUCACCUGGUCAUACGCCAGGCCCACCUCUUCCCAGCAAGGGAUGCCAAAGAACUGCAGUUUUGAUUCUGAGUCUUAAUUUAACUUUUCAUCUUUUCCUAUUUUGGAGAAUUUUUUGUAAUUAAAAGCAAUUAUUUUAAAAUGUGCAAGCCAGUAUCUCACAAGGCAUGGAUUUCUGUGGAAUUUAUUUUUGUUCAAAUAACCAUAUUUAUCUCCAGGCUGUGGAAUCGCCACUUUCUUUGUGAAGACUGUCUCUCCUUGUAAUCUCACACAGGUACUCUGAGGAGGGGACGGCUCCGUCUUCACAUUGUGCGCAGAUCUGAGGAUGGGAUUAGCGAAGCUGUGGAGACUGCACAUCCGGAUCUGCCCAUGUCUCAAAACAAACACAUGUACAAUGGCUCUUUUUCCUUCUCAAAUACCUUACCCCAGAAGCAGGUGGUCUGCCCCAGGCAUAAAGAAGGAAAAUUGGCCAUCUUUCCCACCUCUAAAUUCUGUAAAAUAUAGACUUGCUCAAAAGAUUCCUUUUUAUCAUCCCCACGCUGUGUAAGUGGAAAGGGCAUUGUGUUCCGUGUGUGUCCAGUUUACAGCGUCUCUGCCCCCUAGCGUGUUUUGUGACAAUCUCCCUGGGUGAGGAGUGGGUGCUCGGGGCCUUCCGUGUGAGUUCUAGUGUUCACUUGAUGCCGGGGGAUAGAAUUAGAGAAACCUCUGACCUGCCGGGUGCCAGGGACUGGUGGAGGUGGAUGGCAGGUCUGACUCGACCAUGACUUAGUUGUAAGGGUGUGUUGGCUUUUUCAGUCUCGUGUGAAAAUCCUCCUGUCUCUGGCAGCACCGUCUGCACUUUCUUGUUUACUGUUUGAAGGGACGAGUACCAAGCCACAAGAACACUUCUUUUGGCCACAGCAUAAGCUGAUGGUAUGUAAGGAACCGAUGGGCCAUUAAACAUGAACUGAACGGUUAAAAGCACAGUCUAUGGAACGCUAAUGGAGUCAGCCCCUAAAGCUGUUUGCUUUUUCAGGCUUUGGAUUACAUGCUUUUAAUUUGAUUUUAGAAUCUGGACACUUAAUAUGAAUGUAAUUCGGCUGAGAAACAUGUUGCUAAGAUGCAAUCCUCAGUGUUCUCUGUAUGUAAAUCUGUGUAUACACCACACGUUACAACUGCAUGAGCUUCCUCUCGCACCAAGACCAGCCAGAACUGAGCAUGAGACGCUGUCAAAUACAGACAAAGGAUUUGAGAUGUUCUCAAUAAAAAGAAAAUGUUUCACUA